AUGUUGGAAGCUGCUCAGGCCAAUGUGGAAGAGGUGGAGAUGGAGCAAGAGGAGAAGCUCAAGGAGCUGACGCACAAAAACAAAUCGGCUACCCUAGAGAUGAGGAAAAAGAACCUUCAGAUGGCAGCUCAAAUCGAGGAAGAAGAAAUGGAACUGGACGAUGAAGAAGCAGCUCAUGGAGCUGAAGAUGUUGAAGAAGUCACCUGCUGCUCCCGCGAACUUUGUGCUCGGUACAACGUCCCAAACAAGCUCUGCGCAGAAGAAUCCAAGUGCCAAAACGAGGCGAGAAUCUCACCGAAUGAUGAAUUCAUGGGGUUGACCAAGCCAAGCAGUAAUGGAAGAGAAUACUGCAUGCAGUGCUUCGCUGUGAACCCAAGAAUCCAGAAGAAGCUCUAUAUGAAGAAGACGAAUCAACAAGAGAAGUUCGAAAAAGUUCUGAAAUGCACAGGAUGUCAAAAAUUGUGA